AUGCAGCGCGAAGUAUUGAGGCUUGGCAGAAGGCUCAAGACCUUAACCGCGGUGGUGGAGCACCACGCUGGCGCGCUUCUCUACCGUCUAGGAGGCGCGGAUGUCGUCAAACGAAUCGUGGAAGCUUUUUAUCGGAGACUUUACGCCAACGAGCGGUUACUGCUGUUCUUACACGACAAAGACGUCAUCUCCUUGCGAGCAAAGCAGGCCGCCUUCAUGUCGUGGCUGUUCGGGCCGCCCAACCAGUCCUACUCUGGCAAGAACCUCCGCAUCGCGCACCUGCGCCUGAUUAAGCAACGCGGUUUCAGUCCGGAGGACUUCGAGGUGGGGCUGGUCUACUUCGCUGACGCCAUGAGGGAGCUGGGCUCGCCUGAGGCCAUUGUCAGCGAGGUCAUGUCCAAGAUGCGUCCCUUCAAGGACGUCAUCUUCACACCCAGCGCUCGCGACGCUGAGGAGGAGGCGCGAUGGAUCAUCGAGGAGCGCGCCAAGGAGGAGGCACGGCAGCAGAAUCUGCAACAGCAACAACAGCAGCAAUCAAUGUCAAAUGCCGCCGCGGCGGCCCCUGCGGCAGCUGCAGUAGCCAUGACGGCGGCCAAAAACACUGGCGCUGCAAAUGGCGGCACCCUCAGUAACAGCCGUACGGGCUCGUCCAGGACGCCGCAGUGCCCCUUCACCGGAGGUCGCCUGUCGCGUCCGACCAGCGCCGGCGCCGGCGGCGAUGAUGGCGGCCGCGGCGGCAACGCUACGGCAGCGGCUGAAAAGGACCCCAUUAGGGCGGCCAAGGCUGAGGUCUUGCAGGUAUCAGCACCGCCAACGCCGCCGCCAGCGACGCCGCCAGCGCCGCCGCUGGUUACCUCCGCCGCGCAGCUUUCCACAGGCUCCCAAUCCGGAGCCGCUGCAGCUGUGGGCACCGCUGAGGCGCCGCUGGGUGCGGCGUCCUUGGCAAUGGCAGCCGCUUUGAGCGCUGCGAGAUGUUCGGUUGACGAAGCAGCGGUGCCGAUGCUGCCGCCGCCGCCAGCGGCGGGGCCCUGUACCUCGUACAGGGUCUCCCGCCAGUCCUCCCGCCAGGCUCCACUUGCAGCCGCCGUCAGUGACGCUACUGCCGCCACGCCGCGGGCAGUAGCAGCGCCUCAGGUGUCGCCACAGGCCGCAGCUGCGGUUGACAGCGGUCCACAGCAAACUGCAACUUCGGUGGAUCAGACGCCGCCGCCGCCGCCAGCAGCAGCGGCGGCAGUGGGGCCAGCAGCAACAACCCCGGUGGCCGGCCUGCCGCCCGCCACGCAGAGCGGUGGCGGAGGCACCAACACGAUCCCCAUGCAGGCCUCUGCACGGCACAGCGUCACGAACAACGAAGAUGCCGACACGACCCAGGUGGAUGAAGUCGACGUGUUUCUAAGCGAGGUGUUUCCUGCGCAGAAGCAGCGCACGGAAUCGCGGGUGCUGGUGGAAGAGGCGCUGGCGGAGCUGGGGUCGCGCGAUAAGGCACCGCCGGCCGGUGGCGGCGGCGGCGGCGGCCCUGGCGGCAGCGGUGGUGCUGUAACGUUGCCGCCGCCGGCAGUCAUAGCGGGGAGCAGCGCUACGGCCGCUGUGUCUACCACCGAUACAGGCGUUGUAGCUGUUGCUGGCGGGGGCCCCGCUGCCGCCACCGCUAUCAGCCGCAUUGGCACACCCCUGGUUGGCGUCCAGCGUCCACUGACGGCGGCUCUGGCGGCUGCUCCGCCGCCGCUGCGCAGCGGCACACCGUUAGUGGGAUCUGAACGGGCGGAGGCGAACCCCCCUGUAGCAGCUGUGCGGGUGCCGCCUCCGCCGUCCGUAGCACCGCGUAGUGGGACUCCGCUGGCGGCGGCACUGAGGGGGCCGACGGAUCCGGGGUUCGCAGCCGCCGCCGUCGCUGCCACUCCAGCUCCAGCUGCCGCCGCCGUCGUUCCCGCGCCGGCAUCUGCUAGCGAACCCGCGCGAGUCCCAACACCCGUCGCCGCCGCCCCAUCGGUCGCCGCCGCUGCAGCCCUAGCUCUGCAGUCCCCGGCGGCUGGCCCCCCUCCAAACCGCCUAGGCAUAGCUCAGCUGGGGCGCCGACCCGAGGCCAUCGCGCCCCCGGCUCGGGCCAUCGCGCCCCCGGCUCGGGCCAUCAAGGCCCCGCCGGGGCCCCCGGCGGCGGGUGCACCCAACGCCAUAAUGCAGCUCGUGUGA